UCGGGGGGUUUGUUCAAGCUGGUCAUGAGCUGUGGGCAAUGCUGUGGCGCUGGCUGCCGGUACCAUGGCCGGCAUGGGUCCCGAAGCUGUGCAGGAUGUCAGGCGGCCGCAGAUGUGGCAAUCGCUCACGGGCGCAUCCCUCGCUGCGCUCAGUGCGGCCAGCGUGACCCCAGCGGUCGCGUGGACGAGCGGCAGACGCGGCAGUUCUACUGUGGCAGUUGUUGGGCUCAGUAUGAGAACGAUCGGCUGACAGAGUACUUCGACUCUGAGGCCGAGCUACGAGCCAAGUGCCAGCGGCUUGCAGACCUCAUCUCAAAUGCUCGUCACCUUAUUGCCUUCACCGGCGCUGGCAUCUCGACCGGCGCCGGCAUCGCAGACUUCCGGAGUGGCAUCAACACCUCCUUGCCCACGGGGCCGGGGCUUUGGGAACGGCCCAAAUCAGCAUCUCCCAGCAAUCUCCUCGAGCAGUGUGCCCAAGCCGAACCUGGCCCAACUCACCGGGUGUUGCAGCGCCUUUGGAAGGGUGGCCUUUUGAAGCAUAUCAUUUCUCAGAACGUUGAUGGUCUGCAUCGAAAAUCUGGCGUUCCUGCCUCUGCUUUGAGUGAGCUACACGGCAACAUUUUCGUGGAAAGGUGCGCAAAAUGUGGCCAUGACUUUGAGCGCACGUUCAACACCAUUUGCCCUGGCGGCUACACUGGCCGCAGCUGUGAAUUCUGUGGAGGCCCCUUACGCCACAGUGGCGUCGGCUUCGGGGACGAUCUGCCACAACAGGUCAUCAAGGAAGCCUGGGCUCAGACGGAGGCUGCUGACCUGUGCGUAGCUUUGGGCAGCUCCAUCACUGUGACACCCGCGUCGGAGAUGCCGAGCUGGCUGGCGCGGAAGCAUCGGAAGAGCUCUGGAAAAGGUUUGGUCAUUGUCAACCUCCAAGCCACGCCCUGCGAUUCCUUAGCCCUGCUGCGCAUCAACGGAAUGGUUGAUGAGACACAAAACUACAAUGCUGGUGUGCGAAAGCUACAAGAGUGCUUGCAGGAACUGCAACAAGCCAAAAGCAGCUUGGCGCCGCAGAUAUGCAUUGGCAGAGGGAGGCCUGCUUUCUCAAUUGCGCAAUUGCAUAAAUUCAUGAAGCUGCGGCUUGAUUUGCGAUCUUCUUCUAGAAUGGCCAGUGCUGUAGCAAACGCAUUGGAACUGGUGUGCCCAUCCUUAGCUUUGGAGAUGGACAAGGUGGACCUUCCCAGUGUAGCAACAUUGAGCAGGGCAACCUUCAAGCUUGAUGUAGCACACAUGCUGUUGCGGCGGCACCAGUGGUCCAAUUGGUUGGGUGAACACAACAAGCGGUCGGUGCAACUUUGCUUUGACUCUUCACCAUUGAAGCGGGACUACUUCCUUUGCUACGAGACAACCAUUGAGUCAGACCGCAGCAUCCUGUUGUGUCAGGAUUUGCAAAGGAACAUGAACAAGGAGGACGCUUCUGAGGACGACCCCUUGUUUUCAUUGUCUGGUGACAUUGAAUGUCGUGUACUACCUCCUGUGGCCCUAGGAAAAGGUGAUGGAACGGGUGGAGGCCACGUUGACCUCGAAGGGCAGACUUCAGGCCCGCUGAAUUGCUGCUUGAGAAUUGGAUGUCCUCCAUGUUCAUUUUCCGAGCCCAUUGGUUUUCGGCCAUGUUCGGCCCAUGUUCGGCCAUGUUCGGCCCGAAUUUUGCAAGAGUUGCCCGACUCCCCGACCUGCAAAGACCAGGCAAUAUAG